GUUCGUAUUGUGUUUUUCUUUUGUUCUUUAUCAAUGCUACUGCUUUAACUUUGUCACAGCGAGAGUGAGCCAAGCGCCCGUAAAGAGCUUUUGGCAACAGGCUUUGCCCAUUCGUUAUACCAGGAACUAAUCACCAGCAGCCACGCUCGCUAGCUCACUAGUCAUGUGCUGUCAGGAAUAAAGACAGUGUAGGGCAGUGAACCUGAACUUGGCCCGUUCAUCCAUACUGCAUUGAGUGAUUGCAUGCAGUGGAGUCAAAUGCCACUCGGGACUGAAGAACUCGCAUCAUCUUGCAUUCCUGCUGGAUAUAGUAGGAAGGACCCUUGACAGAAUCCAGUAAUUAAAAGCCACAGGACGAAGUCUUCAGGCUGGCCACCUCCUUCAGGAACCUGGGGCUUGAACCAGGGGCCACCCUAUGGAUGGGAGAUGACGGCCAACCGGGAUGGCCGAGACUGCUUCAUCAAUCACAUGACACAGGCGCUCCCAUUUGAUGACCCUCGAUUUGAGAGCUGCCAAAUCAUACCUCCUGCUCCCAGGAAGGUGGAGAUGCGGAGGGACCCCGUACUGGGGUUUGGCUUUGUGGCAGGGAGUGAAAAACCCGUGGUUGUCCGCUCAGUUACACCAGGUGGCCCUUCGGAAGGCAAACUGAUCCCGGGAGAUCAGAUUGUGAUGAUCAAUGAUGAACCGGUCAGCGCUGCACCAAGGGAGCGGGUCAUCGACCUGGUCAGAAGCUGCAAGGAAUCGAUACUCCUCACUGUCAUUCAGCCUUACCCUUCUCCUAAAUCAGCAUUUAUUAGUGCUGCAAAGAAGGCAAGAUUAAAGUCCAAUCCAGUCAAAGUGCGCUUCUCCGAGGAGGUCAUCAUCAAUGGCCAAGUGUCGGAAACCGUUAAGGACAAUUCACUUCUUUUUAUGCCAAAUGUUCUGAAAGUCUAUCUGGAAAAUGGGCAGACCAAAUCAUUUCGCUUUGACUGCAGCACCUCCAUAAAGGAUGUCAUCCUAACCCUUCAAGAGAAGCUCUCCAUCAGAGGUAUUGAACAUUUCUCACUUAUGCUGGAGCAAAGGACAGAAGGCUCUGGAACCAAGCUGCUGUUGCUUCACGAACAGGAGACUCUAACUCAGGUGACCCAGAGACCCAGCUCCCAUAAGAUGCGGUGUCUUUUCCGAAUUAGCUUCGUCCCAAAGGAUCCAAUAGAUCUUUUAAGAAGAGACCCGGUGGCAUUUGAGUAUCUCUAUGUUCAGAGUUGUAACGAUGUCGUUCAGGAGCGGUUUGGACCAGAGCUGAAAUACGACGUCGCUCUGCGGCUGGCGGCCUUACAAAUGUACAUCGCCACCGUUACCACCAAGCAGACACAGAAAAUCUCCCUCAAGUACAUCGAAAAAGAAUGGGGAUUAGAGACAUUUCUUCCCUCUGCUGUGCUGCAAAGCAUGAAAGAGAAGAACAUAAAGAAAGCACUUUCACACCUUGUCAAAGCAAAUCAAAACUUGGUACCACCGGGUAAAAAGCUCUCCGCGCUGCAAGCCAAGGUCCAUUAUCUCAAGUUCCUCAGUGACCUGCGAUUGUAUGGGGGUCGUGUGUUCAAGGCGACAUUAGUGCAGGCAGAAAAGCGCUCAGAAGUGACUCUCCUGGUCGGGCCCCGAUAUGGCAUAAGUCAUGUCAUCAACACAAAAACCAACCUCGUGGCUCUGUUAGCUGACUUUAGCCAUGUCAACAGGAUUGAGAUGUUUACUGAAGAGGAGAGCUUGGUGAGAGUGGAGCUCCACGUGCUUGAUGUCAAGCCCAUCACUCUUUUGAUGGAAUCUUCAGAUGCCAUGAACCUGGCCUGCCUAACUGCUGGAUACUACAGACUACUUGUGGAUUCCAGAAGGUCGAUAUUUAACAUGGCAAACAAGAAAAACACAGGGACCCAGGAAACAGGAGCUGAAAGCAAAGGCAAGCAUAACCUCGUUGGCACAGAUUGGAACUGUAUACCCCAAAUGACCACCUUUAUUGGCGAAGGGGAACAAGAAGCCCAGAUCACAUACAUCGAUUCAAAACAGAAGACGGUGGAGAUGGCAGAAGGCACCCUCUGCCCCAAAGACCACCGGCACCUGUACUUGGACAGUGGCUACAAUCCAGAGGCGCUCAGCCAGCCGCUGGCCCCACCAGGGGAGGCUCCGUGUGAGGCCGACUACCGGGGUCUGGCUCAGCGCUCGCUCUUGACCUUCUCAGGCACAGACACUCUAAAGAAAGCACAGGAGUCUCCGAGAGGAGCUAAAGUGUCCUUUAUUUUUGGGGAUCUCGCCUUGGAUGACAGUCUGACUCCCCCAACUCUAGGCUACGAGCGACUCUUGGAGGAGAACCCAGAGUUGCUGGAGAAGCAGAGGAAGCUCUACAUGAGCAGUGCCAACGACAUGAAGAACCUGGAGCUCACGCCCGACCCGGAGAGCAUCCAGUUUGUGGCAAAUUCCGUUUACGCAAACAUCGGCGACGUAAAGACCUUCGAGGCCGCUGGGGGCAUCGAGGAGCCCCUCCUGCACGACAUCUGUUACGCCGAGAACACUGACGAUGCCGAGGACGAGGACGAGGUGAGCUGCGAGGAGGACCUGGUGGUGGGAGAGAUCAGCCAGCCCGCCCUCCUCAACCUGUCUGGGUCGAGCGACGACAUCAUCGACCUCACGUCCCUGCCGCCGCCAGAAGGGGGUGACAAUGAGGAUGACUUCCUGCUGCGCUCCUUGAACAUGGCCAUCGCCGCCCCACCCCCUGGUUUCCGAGAUAGUUCCGAUGAGGAAGACUCGCAGAGCCAGGCCGCGGCCCCCCACGACGACAAGGAGCCAGGCGGCAGCCUGCAAAAGGACGACAUCCCCGUGUCCCUCAUCGACGCCGUGCCCACCAGCUCCGAGGGCAAGUGUGACAAGGGGCUGGAGAGCACUGUGGUCUCCACACUGGAUGCCCUGGGAGCACUGGGCGGCUCCGAAGAACAGCAGACCAGGGACAAUUCAGGUGUGGCCAUCCUGAGGGCCUAUAGUCCCGAGUCCUCCUCAGACUCAGGCAAUGAAACUAACUCUUCCGAAAUGACUGAGAGUUCUGAACUGGCCACUGCACAGAAACAGUCAGAAAACCUCUCCCGCAUGUUCUUGGCCACUCAUGAAGGCUACCAGCCCCUGACCGAAGAGCAGACGGAGUUCCCCACCUCCAAAGCCCCUCCUGGGGGUUUGCCUCCAAAGUCUUCUCACAGCCUGGCCGCCCGCCCGGUGACUGACCUCCCGCCCAAAGUUGUGCCUUCCAAGCAGAUCCUUCACUCAGACCACAUCGAGAUGGAGCCCGAAACGAUGGAGACCAAGUCGGUCACAGACUAUUUUAGCAAAUUGCACAUGGGGUCCGCCGUGGUGUACUCCUGCACCAGCAAACGGAAAAGCAAGCUGGCGGAUGCAGAGGGAAAGGCGUCCCCUGGCGCGAAUAUAGCAGGGAAAAAGCAGCAGGGCACCAAGACCCCCGAGACGGAGGAGGAGGCCAAAGGGAAGUGUGGAACCGGGUCUUCUAGAGACAGUCAACACCUAAGCACUUUCAACCUGGAGAGAACUGCCUUCCGCAAGGACAGCCAAAGAUGGUACGUGGCCCCUGACGGGGCAGGGACAGAAAAGAGUGGACUGGACGCAGCAUCGGGCAUUACCUUCCCAAGAGCUUCUGCUCAUGGCACAAGGGAGGCUGAAGGGAAGGAAGAAGGCGCUCCUGCUGGGGAUGCCAAUGACACUGCGGGGCUUGGCCAACGAGACCACUUCUUAACUGAUGUGACCUGUGCAUCUUCAGCCAAAGACUUAGACACCCGGGAGGAUGCAGAGCCGCCUCCCUGUGACCAUCCUUCCAAGCUUCCUGAGGCAGAGGAAGGAGUAGCCCGCCUUUGCGACUACCACUUGGCCAAGCGGAUGUCGUCGCUCCAAAGCGAGGGCCACUUCUCUCUCCAGAGCUCUCAAGGCUCUUCCGUAGAUGCCGGCUGUGGUACUGGCAGCAGCAGCAGCACCUGUGCCACGCCAGUGGAGUCCCCCCUCUGCCCAUCCAUGGGCAAGCACCUGAUGCCAGAGACUGCUGGGAAAGGGGGGACUUACCUGCCUCCUGAGGAGAGAGCUUCCGGGCUGCCCCCCCACGGAGCUACCUUCAAGGACCUGCACCCCCAGACAGAAGGGAUGUGUCCGCGGAUGACAGUGCCUCCUCUGCACACAGCCAUUAAUACCGAACCCCUGUUUGGCACUUUGAGAGAUGGAUGUCAUCGACUCCCCAAGAUUAAGGAAACCACAGCUCUGACAGAGGCUGGGAAGGAGGGACGAGGAGGCAUGCCUUCAGCUUGGUCUCAACAUCCUAGAGCUGAUCUCAUCCUGCUACCAUCAAACAUUCACUUGGAAUCAAAAGUGCCAAUUCCAAAUCAAGACCCUAAUGAAUUCUCCCAAGCAAAUGAGGCAUAUGCAGAGGCUGUGAGCUGGCGGCCGCUGGAUCUGAGAUGGGGGAGCCUCCGGACACCCCCCGGCCAGAGGUCUCUGACGCGAAGCAGCAGCAUCCUCUUGGGAUCUGUCAGUUUGGAGAACUUCCAUGAGAGAACCCAGGCUGCCGUCGGCUUCAAGUGUCCAGCCAUCACAGGAGUGCAGGAAGCCAGCUCAGAGCGGCGAGCAGAGCUCCCUCUGGGACAGAAGCUCAGCAAAAGUUUUUCCCAAAGCUCCAUUCACAUUAGCUGUGAGGGGAAGGUUCCCAAGAGGCCACCGGGGGCUCAGAGAGACUCAAAGCUUUACCGGACAUUACCCUUACGCAAGCUGGAUGGCAGCAGUUGGAGAUGCCGGGGACCUUUCAGCUACUGCUUCCUGAAUCCAGGACAAGAGGAAGAUGGUGAUGAGGAAGAUGGUGAUGAGGAUGAGGAGAAGGAUGAGGAGAAGGAGGGGAGAGAGGCCACCCGCCAGGUAUCCUGCCUCUACCGCCCACAGUUGACUCAAGCCAACACCCAACUCACCAGCCCGCCCCUGGCUGUUGGAAGUCCGAAACCAGGCGCCCAGCAGCCAGGAGGUCCAGUGCCCAAGGCCUGGGUAGAAGCCCCAAGGGGCCCAGAUGACAUGGACUUCAGCAGCCUGGCCUUUGAUGCACAGAUUGCACGCAUCAAUGCCCUCAAGGAGAGCACAUAUGCAAUGCCUGAUGGGUUCCUCGCAGCCCAGAAUGAUGCCAAUGAGCUGCUCUGCCUUGUCAGGGCUACCAAGGGGAAGCGAGAUCCGCCCCACCCUGACACGUUAGACCUGACGCUUUCUCAGUACAAGCAGCUGUUAGCCAUCGAGUCCAGACAGUUGGGAAGUGCCUGCAGGAAGAUGGCGGUGGCCGAGAAAAGCCCGGAGGAGAUGCUUCUGGCGAUGACUUCCAGCUUUCAAGUGCUCUGUUGCCUAACAGAAGCGUGCAUGCGAUUAGUUAAAGUCGUGAACUCCGAAGCGCAGCGGCAGGAAAUCGUGAUGAAGAUCAACGAGGUGGUCAUCAACUACAUUUGCCUCCUGAAAGCUGCCGAGGCAGCCACCGGAAAGACUCCUGGGGAUGUCGAGGUUGGACUCUCGACGCGACAUUCAGUCACCAUGGCCGCGCUCGUAAGCACACUAACCCGUUCUCUCAAGAUGCUUUUAAAUAAAUGAAGUCCGAAAGUCACGUCGUCAUAAUCUACCUUUGCAAAGCCAUACAUGAAUUUUUAUUUCCCUUCUGUGUACGAUGAACAGAUGUCUCCUUUCUUCUCUCUGUAUAUUUUGUUAUUUUAUAUAAACUAGGAGAUAAAAGUCACACUGAUGAAAUGUUGAAAUGUACUAAUCAAGAUGUAUUCUGUUUAUAGUAUAGAUAUAUAUAUAUACACACACACGUGAAAGGAAUUUACAAGAAAGUGAUGCCAUGUGGCUAUUUUUCAGACCUGUCAAAACCACAGGUCGCUGCUGUGAAAUUCUGUUGUGUUCACGCAAAAUACUGAAUCCUAUCCCCUCUCCUCUCAAGCAGAUCCUUGGAAACUAUAUAUUCGUAUAUUUAGAAGUCAAGAAAGAAAGAAAUCACAGUGUAUCCAAAACACUACUAAUGUUUUAAAAUUAUGAUUUUUAGCACUGGAAAUAGCAGAACAACAUUUAAAAUUCAA